ACCAACAAGGCGAACUUUCCCAGAAAGAUUCUCCUCAGAAAUAUGCUACGGUGUUAACACUGAUUCAGGUGGAUCUCAGACUUAAGCUAGAAAUUGUCACUCAACCGACUCUUCUGCUGUAUCAACCUUCGUUUGUUGAACAAGCCUCUACAAGUUGGGCGUAUUGAGCAAGUUGCUGAAUUCGCGUUCAAGGAGAGGACCACGCCCACAACUCGUGCAAGCAGUCACGACAGUGUCAGUUCGCAGUACAUAGUCCACCAGUGACGUCCCCAAUCACUGCUAAUAUGUCGGACACUCCUACCGGCUCUCCCUCUGUCGUUCGUAAAGUCCGAACAACACAAGGAUUGUGGCCGCCAAGGGGUUCUAGUGUUCAAGAUCUUCCAAAAACUGGAUUUUCUCCUGGGUGGAUCCGAGAAGGGCAAGGUAAAAGGUUCACUUGGCCUCCUCCGAAAGCUGGAGACUCGAGAGAAGGUGGGCGAUCUACAUCUAUGAUGCCGCAAGGAAAUGUUGCAAAUUGCUGGAAUCCUGCAAGUUCCCAGGAGGAUUCAGGGCCUUCCCCAUUUCCUCCCCAAUCCUCUCUCCCAGCACACCAUGCAAAACAUAUCGCUUGGCCGCCUCCGCCAGCGCAACAUCGGUCUUAUAACAUUUUUACUAAGCCUAAUCGCCAACUUCGUAGUUUUGACGAACUUGUUACGCAACACGCGAGCAUAGCCGUUCCCCCGACCUACCACGCACCCCCAGGCACGCAGCACGUGGAAUUCGAGUAUUCAGAGGAUGAAGAAUCAUAAAAUUUAUUUCUGCCCGAAUACAGAAUAUUAGCGUAAUAUGCUUUUGUUUUUUAAGUUAAAUAUUAUGUUACAGAUAAUUUAUUGCUAGGUUAUUCUUUUAUUUUUGUUUGCUGAAAAUCGC